CCCAUUACUAAAUAACCAAACAAACUUCUUCCUCCUUCACUAAACUUAGUAGACAUGACCACCAACGACGAUAACCCUAUUCUAACAUACGUCAUAAAGACAAUAAUAAUCAUCUUCUUCGCCGUCAUUUUAGUGGUUCUCCUCCAUCUCUUCGCCCGUUGGUAUCUCCGCCGUGCUCGUACACGUCAUCUCCGCCUUCGUAGUCGUAAUCGCCGCCGCGCUAUUAUGGCUUUCUUCACAGCUGAUGCUUCCACUUCACGUGGACUUGAUCCGAAUGUCAUAAAAUCACUCCCUAUUUUUAUUUUUUCAGACAAGACACAUAAAGAUCCUAUCGAAUGCGCAGUUUGUUUGUCAGAGUUCGAACAUAACGAGUCUGGUCGGGUUUUGCCUAACUGUAAACAUACGUUUCAUGUUGAUUGUAUUGACAUGUGGUUCCAUUCUCAUCUCACUUGUCCUAUUUGUCGAUCUCUCGUUGAACCUCUCGCCGGAAUUGAAUUAACGGCGGCGGCGGCGGAGGAGCAAGUUGUGAUUGAGAUCGAUUCUGACCCGGUUUUGGUAAUUGAACCGGGUUCGAGCUCACCAAAUGGGUCUGGAUCUUCUCCGACGCCGACGGAUGAUUCCGGGAGGAAACCGGCGGAGGUUGAGAUUCCGAGGAGGAACUUCAGCGAGAUAGAAGACGAGUUGACUCGGAGAGACUCGCCGGUGAGUCGGAUGUUAUCUUUCAGUAGGAUGUUGAGUAGAGAUAGAAGAAACGCUUCGUCUCCUAUCGCCGGAGCUACGCCGCGGGGAGUAGAGGAGACUCGGUGACUUGCCACGUGGUAGCGUGCGAUUGGCUUCCAGCGAAUCAAUAUCAACCGUCUAUAUAUAUGAUUAGAUUAGAUUAGAUAGGAUUGUGUUUGACGAUGUACAAAGUCAAGUCGUCUCCACGUAUUGAAUACAAAUUUUACAUUUUAAUACCACCAAUUCAAUUCAAUGGUCAUAUAAUUUUAUAAUUGUCAU